CCCUUUUGACAUGUUGUCACGAUGAACAUUUUCUGCGUCAAUCUCUUUCGUCUUCCCCAUUCUUAAUCUUAAAAUUUUACUCUGUGAAUCCAUCGGCGCGGCAGAAACCGGUCACUGAUUGACUGUAAUGGAGCACAACCAAUAGCAGCGAACCAUUCAAUUGCGACACGAAAUCCUGUUAUAGGGUUUGUUUCUGCUGCUGAAUAAUGGAUUUAUCCACAUUGAAUCCUGAACAGCUGACUGUAUUAGGAUCUGGGUUCUCUGUGAUGCUGACAAUGCAUUACACCGUGCAGUUGUUAUCGCAGCAUCUCUUUUACUGGAAGAAUCCUAAGGAGCAAAAGGCCAUAAUAGUUAUUAUAUUAAUGGCUCCCGUAUAUGCAAUUGACUCAUUUGUGGGUUUGCUAGAUAUCAAGGGGAGCAAGGAAUUCUUCAUGUUUCUGGAUUCUGUUAAGGAAUGUUAUGAAGCCUUGGUAAUUGCUAAGUUCAUGGCUUUGAUGUAUAGCUACCUGAAUAUAUCUAUGAGCAAAAAUGUCAUACCAGAUGAAAUCAAAGGAAGAGAAAUUCAUCAUUCAUUUCCAAUAACACUAUUUCAGCCUCGAAUUGUCCGUUUGGACCAUCGACAUCUAUUACUUCUCAAACAUUGGACAUGGCAAUUUGUUGUCAUCCGCCCUGUUUGCUCUAUUUUGAUGAUAGCACUGCAACUAUUGGGAAUGUAUCCUAGCUGGUUAAGAUGGACAUUUACCAUCAUCCUCAAUAUUUCAGUUUCUUUGGCUAUGUAUUCUCUGGUUGUCUUCUACCAUGUUUUUGCCAAGGAACUUAAACCGCACAACCCAUUGGCCAAGUUCAUGUGCAUCAAAGGAAUUGUAUUCUUCUGCUUUUGGCAGGGCGUAGUGCUAGAUAUACUUGUUGCAGUGGGCAUUAUUCGGUCAACCCAUAUAUGGUUAGACGUUGAACAUGUUGAAGAGGCUUUCCAGAACGUGUUGAUAUGUUUAGAGAUGAUUGUCUUCUCUGUUUUCCAGCAGUAUGCCUUCAAUGUUGGACCUUACAGUGGAGAAGUUGAAAGGAAACUGAAAAUGAAAAAGAACGAUUAGUGCUGGAAGUAGCUUUGAUGAAAAUGUGGUGAAGAUUGCUAUUUGACAAGUCUUGUAUAUAUAUAAUGAAUGGCGCUUAUGAUGGGCUGCUAUUUUCUCACUUUCAGUUAGGUUGUCUUCAACAGUAAGGGGAAAAAUAUGUACUCAAGGAAGCAGAAUUUAGACUAGAAAUUUUUGUUGUUGAAACAAUAUGUGGGCACUUGCCCGACAGUCUGAUAAUAGGAGUAUGGAAUUUUUUUUCAAAGUAGGAAAAAA